CAUUUGCAAGUUCUGGUCCAACGAAGGAAUCGAAGAACAAGUGCUUCUGCUUCAGAGAACAGACAUUUUUUUCUUGAGGAAAAUGCGUACUCGUUUCCUAUGCGUCGAUUACUUCAAACGCCCUUCGAUCGAAGGUCUGGAUAACCUGAGCUUUUUCCGUCUACCAUUACCUCAUUUCCCGCCUUCGAACAUCUGCGACGGAGAAGAAAUUUUCUGUUUCAAUUCGAUUUCGAGUGAUUUUUCAGAAAUCGAGAGGCUUCCGGUGGAGAAUGCUCUUUCUCGAUUCUUAUCCGAUGUUCUUCCUCAUACCAUUGACAUUGAUAAUGGACAAAUUCCUGUUACUCGGAUUCAAAGUGCUUGCGCUGAUGGACUGAAGAGUGAUGAAAACCGGAGAAAUUUCACAUCGACAGCUUCUGAGCUUCAAUUUGAGGAGGAAGAAGCUGAUUACGAAUACGACAAAGAAGAGAGUCUGCUAGCUUGUAGAUCUGGAAAUGUAGAGAUCAAAAUACUGACGGAAGAAAAUGAGUUCACGGAUGAAGAGGAAAAUAACAGGUUUAAAGUAAUCCGACUUGAGACACCGGAACUGGAUUGCUUCUUGGAGGAGCAUGCACACUAUUCUCAAAAAGUGGAUGGUCAAAUCUUCUCCCAAAUUUCGGAGAUUGGAAAUUAUCUGGAUAUGGUUGACUUCAAAGCUGGAACUGCAAUUUAUUAUCCUUGUGAGGUUUCAAAAUCAGUUUAUUCAGUUGAUGAUAUUCAUUCAGAGUUUCCUUUGGAGCAAAGGAGUUCUUGUUUUGUGGAAGAUGCUGGUUUUGCUCUGGACUGUUGUAGCAAAUUUCCUCUCUUGGAAGUGAAUGAGGUCAGCUCGGAGUUAUACAUGAGCCCAUCCAUGGGAGAACUUCAUUUAAUACUUGAGAAUAUUAAAGACCAGAACUGGACGCAAAAUUUUGACCUAGUGGCUGACAGCAAGGACCUUUUGGGAUCUAUUGACAUAAAUAUUUUAGAGUGUCUGUCAGGACAUUCUCCAUCGGAGCCAUGUGGUGAACCUGAAUCGACAUGUCUUGACUUGGCCCUAGAAAUGGAAUUUAUUAGCAUACAAGAUGCUGCAGAUCUUAAAGUCACUUCACUGAUGCAUCUACAGAUGUCAAGUUGUGAUUUUUUCUCCGUGUUAAGGCCAAUUCAUUUGGAGGAGGUUGAGAUCCUUGAUUUGGACUCUUUUCAAUCUUCUGAAGUCUUUGCCAAUUCAUACAUAGCCAAUGGAGCCAGAAUAUGUGACCAGAUGCUCAAAGACAACAUGGACUCUGUUUGGAAUUUUUAUGAAUCAAUCAUUAGCAAUGAACUAGCACUGGUGGAUGAUACAUUCAAACCAUUGCUGAUACCUGUGAUAUCUGAUGUGCAAGAUAUACAGCUGCUAUCAGCCCUUGAAGAAAUUCUAGCUGUUGUGAAACCACUUCCUCCAUCUGCCUCAGAUGGGAUAUAUUUAGAUUGGCAUCUUUUGGAGAGAGAAACAUGGAACUUGGAGGAGAUUGACACCUACAACAUUGAUGCUGAGCUGGAAUAUUUAAAUAGUGGAAUGGUGGGAAUUGAUUUUGUUUUCUGGGAGGAAGCUUCAGAUGUACCCAGUGUUUCAGAAAGCAAGGAAAUAUUGGUUGAGGUUACUGCUGUGAACUUAGGGGUCAACGAGCCUCUUACUGGUGCUACUCACAGUCAGUUGUCAAAAGAUAGUCGAAAGCUGGGAAAAGGAGAAGUUGUUCCUCAGACUAGCACUGAUAAGGUUACAAUGUUGUUUGAAUCUAUGUCACAAUUCAAUGAUCUUGAUUUUUUCCUAAAUCCCAAGAAGGCAACUGCAAGGAGAAAUAGUGAACCUGCAGUCGCAGAGAAAACUGAUGGUAAUGCCAAACUUCCUCUUGCUUCAUCCAGCAAUCCAACAAUAUGUGCUUCAGUUGAAGAGAAACCGCAGCAGUGGGAUAUUGAGGUCCACCAAAUUAUGCUGUCUGAUCAUAUUUUGAGCCUUGUUGACAGCUUUCAAAAGAGCUACCUAGCAACCUUGGAAAAUGAAGUUGCUCUUAAAGAGAAAUUUUUGCCAUUCCCAGUUGUGGAUAAUUUCAACUUGCUUAGCAUAAAAAAACAAAAUCUGGUGGAUUGGAUUAAGAAUAUAAGUGCAAAACAAACAACACUGGCUUGUGGAGACGAAACAGUUGUGGCACUUGUCACAUUAUAUGCAAUCAAACAGAUGGCCUGUUACCUGUGUUUUCAUGGAAUCCAUACAACUCACUUGUAUGUAGACAACUUAUCUAGAAGUUACAAAUACUUGAGAUGCAGAUUAAUCUUACUCCAAUCCUUGAUUUAUGAAGCUUACCAGAAGGCUGAUACCGUAAUAACAGAAUCACACCCAACCCUGUCUGUUAUCCAGGGCAUAUUGCGGUUGAAAACUUCACAAAGUGGUUCGAAAGUAUUGAUAGUUGCUGACCAACUAUUUUGGUUGCCAUUGAAGAGACUGUUGACUGUCAUGGGGAUAUUAUUUCAUGAAGUACAGGAUGUUCAUAUGCAUGCUGAUCAACCGGAUGCCUGGGACAGUAGCGAGUUCACAAAGAUUAUAAUGGAGGCCAUGCUGCACUCAGAUUGCUUAUUAAUAUCCCGCAAGAAUGUUUCUGCAUCACUUCCAUUCAACCAGUUCAGCAUGAUUUUGGAAUAUGGAGGUUCACAAAGCUCAUCGAAAAUAUUUUCUUUUUCCCCAAAGUUAUCUGGUCUGCCUCGUCUUCACUUCUUGAAGGUGGAAUUGGAGGAUUUUAGUGCUCCCAAAGCACUCUGCGAGGGUUUCUAUGCAUCCCAUAAUGAUUUUGCGCUGGAGGAGAUCUCUCAAUCAAUCUCAACACUAUAUGAGUGCAUCAAGGAGCAUAAGUUUAAAGAACAGAUAAACUCUGAACCUGUUUAUGAGAAAUGUGUGGAACGCUCAGAUGCAGCUGAUUAUGUAGAAGAUUGCAGCAAGUCUGCAUCAGUUCCUAGUGCUCCAUUUGCAAUGGAGUCCAAGCAGAUAAACUCAGUCUCACCGUAUCCUGAUGUAGUUAUUAUUGUGAACACUCAAAAUUUUGAUAAGGAAAUGCUUAUGUACCGGAGAAGCUCUUACCAAAAGAUUCUUGCAAUGGAGAAACAGGGUGUACAAGUCGUGGAGCGUGAGAUCAAUUUGCCCGUGGAUCUGAUCUUAAGUGCAGCAGUAUGUCUUGUAUUGUAUGAUUGCAGAAACGUUGGGAAGAAAGCAACAGUGACAGAUGAAGCUUCUUCUUGCAUCACUUUGUAUGUCGAGCACAUUGCUACAGAUGUUUUGACAUCAUUGAGUUUUUCUUUCAGCAGUUGCAUUUUGAUAUUUGAGGGUGAAAGCAGCUUUCUUGCUGGCAUAAUGGAUUCAUCAGAUGCACUGUAUGCUGCUGCAGCUAGCCUGGGAUUAGAUUUGCAACUCUUUUGCUCAUAUUCGUCGGAGUUAACUGAUGACAUUAUCAUGAGCUGCAUCAUAUAUGCCACUAAGUUAAAUAAAGGCCUAUAUCCAAAAAUGUUUGAAUCUGAAACCCUAGCAGAGUCAUUCCUUACCAGCUUUCCGUCAAUUAAUCCACUCUCAGCUCAUGCAAUUCUUACUACUGGAGGCAAGCUUGUUGAAUUUCUUGAAUGGUCACAUGAUUGCAGAAUCCAGGCUAUUUGGAAGUAUCAUGUUCCUGAUGAAAGCCUUGCCCUAUUUAGUGCUCUGUGUAGAUAUGGGGAACGGGAGGAGUCCAAAUCUGGAAUGACACAGUGUUCGUCUUCAGUAUCUUCUGUUCCAGACUCAGGAAACAGUCACUGUAAAACUGAAUGUGAUAGGAAAAGGAGGAAAUACAUGAUAGAUGCUCACAAAUUUCAGAUGCCUAUGGAGGAGUUGCUUUUUGAUGCACCACAUCAAUCUACAGAUGGCAUCCUGAAGCCUUCUAGGGUGUCCCAGCCAUAUCAUUCACAUGUCUCUUCCAUAGGUCCUGAGAUAUUUGAUAGGGUUGGGGGUGCCAGUUUGUCUGUGAGUGAUCAAUGGUCUGAACAGAAAGAGGAUUUGAAUAUUUCUAUCAUGAAUGAUUUGGAUUGGAAUGGUAAUGACUUUGAGAAUUUGCACAGGGACUUUAAAGGUGAAGUUAUAGACCUCAAUUAUAGUUCAUUACUUGGGGAGGACUUCUCCAAUGCGAACGCCACAAAUUUCUCAACAAGAGUGCAAGAUAUAAGGUGCAAUCCUACCCCAACAAAUUCUACAGUUUCAAGAACAUCAUUAUUUGGCACAAAGGAUCUUACUUGCUUGCCAGCAUCCUUAGAAAUCAAUUUUGGCUCAGAUAUCUGCAGUCUCCAAAAGGAUCAAAAUCAAAAGUUGAAGGGAAGCAUUUGUGCACAGCUGGAUCUAGAGUUGGACAAGGAUACAUUACCAAUGAAAUGCCAAAAGGAACUCUUGAAAGGGAGAAAAGCAAAGGGAUCAACUGAAGAUGGUGGUGGACUGUUAUUUCCAUAUGCUGAGACACCACUCUCUCAUAUUAUUCAUUCAUCAGAACCGCAACAGAGAUCACCCUGGACAAUGGAAUUCCUUAACAGAAUCAAGGAAAAAAGCAAGAUGCACCAACAAUCCCUUCCAUGCGAUGCUACCAUCUCUUGUUUUGGGUGCCAUGGGAAUGUACAAAAAGUAGCUAAGAAAAGCCCAUCUGUCCUUGAUGGUUUCAGGUAUCAAGGAGGCACCUACCCGAAAAAAAUAAUGAAACAGAAGCAGCAGAAGAGACUUGUGCAACCAAGUUCAUCUAAGAAUGUGAAGGCUUCAGCCUCCUUUCUCCCAAUAUGUACUCCCACUGAUAAGAGAGCAAGACAGACUCUUUCUUUUGUGAGGAAUGGAAAUGGAACACAAAGUAAGCUGGUUUGGGCUGAUGGAAAUGUUCAUUGUCUGAGGAAAAGAUUACGAAAUGAACUAUGAGAUGGAAGCAAUGCUUCAUUUGAUCCGAAGGGCAUCCUCAGAACUUGUUGAGCCAUCUAAACUCCCAUCCGGAGCAGAACUCACUGACCACUCUGUAUUUGAUCGCCGGUGCUCUUGGUGGUUAGCCAUGACAGCAUUUACUAUUGUCUUCCGAGGAUCAGAAC